UGGAAGCAAGUUCAGGAUAAAUAUUGUUUAUAAACUAGUAUAAAUUUUGAGUUCUUUCUUGAUGGCUACACGAACGCGUAAAAAUAGUUAAAGUUGCAAAUUAAGUGUUGUGAUUGGUUUUGCAAGUGAAUUUUUAGAUUCUGAGUUACCAACAUUAAGAGAUGUUAUUAAAUAUGGUCUGCUUCUAAGAAGAGAUAAUAACUGUAAAGCAAAUGCAAAACUUAAAGAUACAUGCAAAAUGGUUUUUUCGAAAGUGAAAGCACAAUGGUUGAAAGUGAAUCCUGAAAUUCCAAUUGUUACAGACAAGUUUGUAUAAAUAAAAUAGAUUAUAGAAAAAAGCUACAGAAUUGUUAACUUUAGGUCCAACCCUGACACAUUUACUAAGUUUAACUCUAAGCCUGACAAGCUAUUUGAUAUAGCGAAGUGCAAGUAUGACAUUGUUUCUUGUGAGGAGGCAAGUUGUAGUUCAUGUGUUUUUAAAGCUCAUAUCUCUUGUCAAUGCAAAAGAGAAAACAAAAUUCCGAGAAUAGAACUUUGGUUUAUGAAAUCGCAAAGAGAAAAAUUUGGGACAAAAAUAUGUAUGCAAAUGGGUGCUCAAGAUUUUAAAGAAGCUAACAGACAAGAAAAAAAUUAUGAAAGGAAAGAAACUGGAAAAAAAGAAGUCACAAAUAGAAUGCCUUUCUUUUUAUUCUUAAGCAAAAAAAAACCUUUAGUGCCAAUUGGAAAUUUUGAGAGUACUGACCAUGUCGAAAGCGAAGGUUCCAAAAAAAAUUCUGAGUACAUAAGCAACCUCUAUAAAGUCAUUGAAUAUGAAAAAAGUUGCAUUAGCAUCAUUAAGAUAUGGUGUCUCAAAUAGAGCAACUGCUGCAACUUCAACAAUAACACUGAAAGCAGCUAAAAGGCAGGUUUUUUUAAAAGGAAUGUGACUGAUAAUGAAACAGUGACAGAUCACAAAAAAAUUGAAUGCUCUAAAUUGAAGGUGAUGAAGCAAUUAAAAUCUGAAAAUGGUGAUAUGGUAAAAAGAAAUGGAGUUCAAUGUAUAAUGCUUGAUAGGAGAAAGGAUGAGACACAAUUUUCUUUGAUUGGAGAAGAUGGAAAAUUUCACCACAGACUUGUACAAAGAAGACCAUUAUUCAGUUUGUGCAAAGCCAGGUGGUUUAUAUUUGUACCAUUUUACAAAUUACAAAGAAAAGAGAUCUGAGUUUGUUACCCCAGCAGAACAUAUAGCAGAACAUAUAUAUAAAUGGAUUAUGGAACAUGGUAUAGAAUCCUCUUUAGAUGCUGUUGGCUGUGAUUCAACUAAUCUAAAUACAGGUAGAUGUUUGAUAAUAAGUGCAGGUAAAUAUUUGAUGUUAAACGCCACCCCUAUAUUUAAAUAAUUAUUUUUUAGACUGGAAAGGACGUAUAAUUUAUUUUUUAGAAAACAAACUUCAAACCAAACUUAUUUGGAUAGAUUGUGCCUUGCACACAAAUGAAUUACCUUUGAAGUUCUUAAUGUCAGUUAUUGAUGGAAAAACAAUAUCAAACAAUACGUUUUCUGGCAAUAUUGGUAAACUUGUCCCUAUUGCUAGUGAUCUCAAAAUUGCCACUAAUGUAAUUCAAUCUAUAGAUGUUGAAAUUGAUUUAUUAGAUAUCGAUGAAGGUACUUUAAAAAAUUCAUCUAGUGAUCAAAGAUAUCUAUACCGGAUAACAAAAGCUAUUAAAGAUAAAAUAAUGCCAGACGAUUCAAAAGAAAUUCAACUUGGUCCCCACAAUCAAGCACACUGGUUAAACUUUGCAAGUAGGCUUUGCAGAAUUUGGUGUUCACACCAUGGACUAAAUGGAAGCGAUGCUGAGAAAUUAAAACAUUUUGUACAGUUCUGUGUUGUGUAUACUCUGUAUUAUGGUUUGAAAUUAAGGUAAAACAAAUUGGACUAACGGACCAUACCAUAUUAUCAAACAGCUGGAACUUGUCCGAAAAAUGAACUUAGAUAUUCAGAAAACAGUUUUACCCUAUGUUUGUUCCUCUACCUGGAAUGCUCACAGUGAAUCCAUACUUCAAGUACUACUUUGUAGCAAAGAUAAAGAAGAGAGGAUGUUUGCAAUGAAGACAAUACUUUCAAUAAGAAAUUCAAGUUCUCUAGGAAAUACUGCUGUUAGAUCAAGAAAAACUCCAAAAAUUAAUACCGAUGCUGAAACUAUUAUUGAAUCGAUUGAUUGAAGUACUGAUAUUCACGAACCUUUGCUCGCAUGCAAGAUUAGUAUAGAAGAACUUAUUAGGUUCGUAGAAAUCCCGAUGGAAGUUCCAGAAUUGCCUGUACACGGACAAUCCAUAUAAUGAAUUGUGAAGGAAGUUACAAGAGCUUCUAGCAUAGUUUACGAACAAGAAAGGCAGGAUGGGUUUAUAAAGGCAACAAUAGCUCACAGAGAACUUCUUCCUGUUUUAGAAUCUUU